UUUAUGUGAUAGCUGCAUUUAACUUGGCAUAUCCAAUUACUCCCUGGAAAUUUAAGUUGUCUUGCAUGCCACCAAAUACAACAUAUGACUUCCUCUUGCCUGCUGGAAUCUCAAAGAACACUUCAAAUUUGAGUGGACAUUAUGAGGCAGUUGUUGAAACUAAACUUAAUUCAAGUGGUACCUACUUAUCUAACUUAUCAUCCAAAACAACUUUCCACUGUUGCUUUUGGAGUGAGGAAGAUAAAAACUGCUCUGUACAUGCAGACAACAUUGAAGGGAAGGCGUUUGCUUCAGCAGUAAAUUCUUUAGUUUUUCAACAAAUAGGUGCAAACUGGAACAUACAGUGCUGGAUGAAAGAGGACUUGAAAUUAUUCAUCUGUUAUAUGGAGUCAUUAUUUAAGAGUCCUUUCAAGAAUUAUGACCUUAAGGUCCAUCUUUUAUAUCUUCUGCUUGAAGUAUUAGAAGAGUCACCUCUGCUCCCCCAGAAAAGCAGUUUUCAGAUGGUUCAGUGCAACUGCAGUGUUCAUGAAUGUUGUGAAUGUCAUGUGCCCGUGCCAACAGUCAAAAUCAAUUACACCCUUCUUAUGUAUUUGAAAAUCACAUCUGGUGGAGUAAUUUUUCACUCACCUCCAAUGUCAGUUCAGCCCAUUAAUGUUGUGAAGCCUGAUCCACCAUUAGGUUUGUGUAUGAAAAUCACAGAUACUGGUAAUUUAAAGAUUUCUUGGUCCAGCUCAACAUUGGUACCAUUUCAACUUCAAUAUCAAGUGAAAUAUUCAGAGAACUCUACAAAAAAAAUGAGAAAAGCUGAUGAGAUUGUCUCAGCUACAUCUCUGCUAGUAGACAGUGUGCUUCCUGGGUCUUCAUAUGAGGUUCAGGUGAGGAGCAAGAGACUGGAUGGCCCAGGAAUCUGGAGUGACUGGAGCACACCCCUUACCUUUACCACACAAGAUGUCAUAUACUUUCCACCUAAAAUUCUGACAGCUGUUGGGUCUAACGUUUCUUUUCACUGCAUCUAUACAAAUGAAAACAAGAUAGUUGCCUCAAAAAAGAUUGUUUGGUGGAUGAAUUUAGCUGAGAAAAUUCCCCAAAGCCAGUAUGAUGUUGUGGAUGACCAUGUUAGCAAAGUUACUUUACCUAAUUUGAAUGCAACCAAACCCCGAGGAAAGUUCACCUAUGAUGCAGUGUACUGCUGCAAUGAGCAUGAGUGCCACCAUCGCUAUGCUGAGUUAUAUGUGAUUGAUGUCAAUAUCAAUAUAUCAUGUGAAACUGAUGGGUACUUAACUAAAAUGACUUGCAGAUGGUCACCCAGUGCAAUCCAAUCACUUGUGGGAAGCACUUUGCAGUUGAUGUAUCAUAGGAGCAGCCUUUACUGUUCUGAUGUUCCAUCUAUUCAUCCCAUAUCUGAACCCAAAGAUUGCCACUUGCAGAGAGAUGGUUUUUAUGAAUGCCUAUUUCAGCCAAUCUUUCUAUUAUCCGGCUAUACAAUGUGGAUUAGAAUGAAUCACUCCUUGGGUUCACUGGACUCUCCACCAACAUGUGUCAUUCCUGAUUCCGUGGUGAAACCACUGCCUCCAUCUAGUGUGAAAGCAGAAAUUACUGUAAAAAUUGGAUUAUUGAAAAUAUCUUGGGAGAAGCCAGUCUUUCCAGAGAAUAAUCUUCAGUUCCAGAUUCGCUAUGGUUUAAGUGGAAAAGAAGUACAAUGGAAGGUAUUUGAGGUGUAUGAUGCAAAUUUAAAAUCUGCUACUUUCCCAGUGCCAGACCUGUGUGCAGUCUAUGCUGUCCAGGUGCGCUGUAAGAGGCUAGAUGGACUGGGAUAUUGGAGUAAUUGGAGUACUCCAGCCUACACAAUUGUCAUGGAUAUAAAAGUUCCUAUCAGAGGACCUGAAUUUUGGAGAAUAAUUAAUGAAGACAACACUAAAAAAGAGAGAAAUGUCACUUUGCUUUGGAAGCCCCUGAUGAAAAAUGACUCGUUGUGCAGUGUGAGAAGAUACGUGGUGAAGCAUACUUCCCACAAUGAAACAUGGUCAGAAGAUGUAGGAAAUCACACUAAAUUCACUUUCCUUUGGACAGAGCAAGCACACUCUGUUACCGUUCUGGCCGUCAAUUCAAUUGGUGCUUCUUCUGCAAAUUUUAAUUUAACAUUCUCAUGGCCCAUGAGCAAAGUAAAUAUCGUGCAGUCACUCAGUGCUUAUCCUUUAAACAGCAGUUGUGUAAUUCUUUCCUGGAUGCUAUCACCCAGUGAUUACAAUCUGAUGUAUUUUAUUCUUGAAUGGAAAAUUCUUCAUGAAGACAAUGAAAUUAAAUGGCUUAGAAUCCCUUCCUCUGUUAAGAAGUAUUAUGUCCACGAUCAUUUUAUCCCCAUUGAGAAGUAUCAGUUCAGUCUUUACCCAAUAUUUAUGGAGGGAGUGGGGAAACCGAAGAUAAUUGAUAGUUUCACCCAAGAUGAUGAAAAACACCAGCAUGAUGCAGGUCUAUUUGUAAUUGUGCCAAUAAUUAUUUCCUCUUCCAUCUUAUUGCUUGGAACAUUGUUAAUAUCACACCAAAGGAUGAAAAAGCUGUUUUGGGAAGAUGUUCCAAACCCCAAGAAUUGUUCCUGGGCACAAGGACUUAAUUUUCAGAAGCCAGAAACAUUUGAGCAUCUUUUUAUCAAGCAUACAGAAUCAGUGACAUUUGGUCCUCUUCUUUUGGAGCCUGAAACCAUUUCAGAAGAUAUCAGUGUUGAUACAUCAUGGAAAAAUAAAGAUGAGAUGGUACCACCAACUACAGUCUCUCUACUUUUGAUGACUCGGGAUCUUGAAAAGGGUUCUAUUUGUAUUAGUGACCAAUGCAGCAGUGUUCACUUCUCUGAGGUUGAGAGCACAGAGAUAACCUGUGAGGAGGAAAGCAGGAGACAACCCUCUGUUAAAUAUGCCACCCUGCUCAGCAACUCUAAAUCAGGUGAAACUGAGGAAGAGCAAGGGCUUGUAAAUAGCUCAGUCAGCAAAUGCUUCUCUAGCAACAAUUCUCUACCUAAGGAUUCUUUCUCUAAUAACUCAUGGGAGAUAGAAACCCAGGCAUUUUUUAUAUUAUCAGAUCAGCAUCCCAAUAUAAUUUCACCACGCCUUCCAUUCUCAGGAGGAUUGGAUGAACUUUUGAAACUCGAGGGAAAUUUCCCUGAAGAAAAUAAUGACGAAAGGUCUGUCUAUUAUUUAGGAGUCACUUCAAUCAAAAAGAGAGAGAGAGAUGUGCUUUUGACUGAUAAGUCAAGAGUGUUGUCCCCAUUUCCAUCCCACUGUUUAUUCACCGACAUCAGAAUCCUCCAGGAUAGUUGCUCACAACUUGUAGAAAAUAACUUCAAUUUAGGAACUUCUGGUCAGAAGACUUUUGUAUCUUACAUACCUCAAUUUCAGACUUGUUCUACUCAGACUCAGAAAAUAGUGGAAAACAAGAUGUGUGACCUAACUGUCUAGUUUCAUUCCAGACACAUCUCAGAUUUAUGAUGUAAUGAGUCAUAUGAAGGGUAAUAUAUUCCACUAUAGUGUUGGUUAGGGGAGAGAAAAGAAAACUGUCAGAGGCAAAUUUGAAAAUGAUUGCUUCACAACUAAUGGUAUCUGUUUGUCCUCACUCAGUAAUAUAGACAAAAAAUGUGAGAAAGCCUUCAAGAGCCUAGCAGUGUAGACCGACUCUUCUAAUGAUUAAUCAGCACCUUGGGAAGGUCUCCAGUGGCUUGUGUCUAGCUAGCCAUAAACUAAACAAUACUAUUUUCUUUGAACGUUGAACCCAUGUAGAAAAAGCUAGUCAUCUGAAUUACACUCACAUCUGAAAGAACACUUCACACUAACACUUGUGAAAUGUAACUGUAUUUUCAAGGGUGUGGUUAUUUUACCUUGAGUUGUCUUUGCUGUGCACUAAUUUACACAUACACACAAUUAUACCUAAUAGGCAUCCUUGUGCAUUUUAAAAGUGUGCAAUGUAUUUGUAUUUUGUGCUA